AUGGAGACAGUAGAGACAGUAGAGACAGUGGAGACAGCAGAGACAGUGGAGACAAUGGAGACAAUGGAGACAGUGGAGACAGUGGAGACAGUAGAGACAGUAGAGACAGUGGAGACAAUGGAGACAGUAGAGACAGUAGAGACAGCAGAGACAGCACAGACAGUGGAGACAGUACAGACAAUGGAGACAAUGGAGACAGUGGAGACAGUGGAGACAGUGGAGACAAUGGAGACAGUACAGACAAUGGAGACAGCAGAGACAGUGGAGACAGUAGAGACAGUACAGACAGUGGAGACAGUAGAGGAGACAGCCGUGAGGGGCUGUCUCCUCCACUGUCUCUGA